UGGAACAUUUCUCCAGAAGACCACUUUUCCGAUUCCUCACUCAGCCCGAUGUCGUAUCUGCGAUUAAUUCUAUAACUGCUGAUAAUAUAUUCGACUACUAUCAGCAGGAAAUGUCAAAUAGCAAACUUUCGCAAGUAUAUCAAGUGAUAACCCAAGAUUUGGAGGAAGUACUCGAAUCAAAUUUCUUUAAAGAAGAUACGACGCGUGUUCUGAAGGACAUUAGAGACACUUGGGUUGGACUGCGUGUCGCUUACUUCUGGCGUAUGAGGACUGCGGUCGCUCAUAUGACCCUGAUCGGUGGCAAACUUGAGGACUGCGGUCGCUCAAGUUUGGAAGUCUGGGGACUGCGGUUGCUUGGACCUAAACCACUCCUCUCCAAUCGUUUCGAGCUAAUUCGUACGUGGAAAAAACAACGCAUUCGAUUCUAUAAAAAUGAAGAAGCGAUCAACAAACAAAAGACCGGUCGCGAAGUUCAGUUUCAAAAGUGCGUCACGAAAUAUCAAGGAGGUAUCGCUAAAGUUACCAACGCGGAAGUUGAUAAGUGGGCUGAAGAAUCGGUAAACGUUGGUAAAGAAAAGGGAGGACCUUCAGUCCGCAGAUCGCCUCGACCAAUGAAACGCGUUAACAACGCUGAAGAUAAUUCAGACGAAGAGAGGAAGAUGAGGAGAGUAAAUAGUACUGCUCAUUCGCAAUCGACGGAAUCUCCACAACCUAGAACCCCACCGCAAGCUCCUCGGGAUUUAACUCCAUUGAAAACAACUCCGAAUAAGCGAUCGUGGAAUAAAGAGGAAAUUCGGCGAAAUUCUAAUAAUAUCUCUGUUAUAUGUGCUUUUGAUAAAUCUGUUUCGGAGUUGACCUUAGAAAUCGGCGAGGAGCUUGCCAUUGAGCUAUCCUCUAUUCGUGACAUCAAUCCUGCUGUGUGGUCGCAUGCUCUGGAAAAAUACGUUGAUACUUCUCUUAAAGAAACUGGAAAAAAAUUCAAAACUGCAAUUCAGGUUGAAGUUCCGAAUGAACCAUUUCGGUUGUAUUGCGAAAAAGUUCUUGAUUUUUAUAAUCUUGUUGAUGUAAACUCUACAAUGGACCGAAAUAUAGGCGAACGGAAAUUUAUUACAUAUCAAAUCUCAUCGAUUUUAAAAUUUUAUGAGAGGACGUUUUUGAAUCUUAACUUCGAUUGGAUUGAAAGCCAUGCAUCUUCGGCAAAAAUAACAAAAUCCGCAACAAAUUCAGGCAUAGUUAAAGUAGAUUCCAAGGCAACUCGGUAUUCAGAUGGACAAGAAGUUUGGCAUAUGGAAGUGGCCGGUGGACCGUGCAAAACAACAGACUUACAUACCCUUGUGUUCUGUACUCAGGUGAUUGGUACACGAAUGACUCUCUAUGCAUUGAAUAUGCUCCCGGAUGGAAGAUUUCUUUCUUCGGAACUUGCUACAGCUUUAAUCCCUUUCAGCUUCCAUGGUCGAAAUCAAUAUAAAGCUCUUCUCAGAAUGAUGGCUAUCUUUCAUGAUGAGAUAACAAAACAAGAACUAAUGGGCGAGAUUGAACGAUCUGUACUUCGAUCUAAAGGAACAACAGUUCGUCAUGUAUUAAAGAUUCCCGAUGAAUUGUUUGAGUGA